UCAUGAAAACAUACCAAUACUUUUAUUUUGAAGACCAAUCUCCAUACACCGGAAGUAAUUGUAAUUCUACAUCCUCUGUCAGAUACUACUGCGUGCUUUUUGUUUUCCCUCAAAACAUUAACUUGAAUUAAAUUAGUUGACCGAUAUUCAAAAGAUUUCGUUAACAUUGUCAGUGUUAUCUUAAUUUAUUCAAGAAAGUGGUAGCUAAAGCUUUGCCACCUUUUUCUUCGCUGUUCUGGGGUUUGGUUGUGUGCUAGUGCUAGCUACCUAAGCCGUUAGCUGGCUAGCCCACUCUCCAUUACAAACUUGAAUGUUGUUUUGAACACAAAGUCGGCGAGUAACAGUGUCAACAAAGAGGGCAAACGACCUCUACAUCAAAAAAAGGAUGUCAAAAAUUGAGCGUCUGAACGCCCGUGUGGCCAAGCUACUGACUGUGGCUGUGAAUGAGGUUCUGGAGGUGGUGAAAGAGACAGUAUCUGAGUACCAGGAGAAAACAGCCAGAACCCAGAGAGAAAACGAGAGCCUACGGAGGAGACUGCAGGAACUCCAGGAAAGGUUGAAGAGGGAGAACAUGGGUGGAUGUGAAAGAGCAGCCAAUGAAAAACAGUCAGAGCAGGGUUGGAGCCCUAUUCUGACACAGGAAGACCCAAAGCCCACACAACUAGAUGAAAAACCAGCGCUCACUUUGGAACAGACAAAAAGACUUAGGCAGGGGGAGUGUGACGGCCUGGAGCUGGAUCAUAUAGCCGAUUAUGAGACCGAGUGUAGCUUCGCCUUGGAUUUGCCUGGGCACCACGACCGGGUGUCACAGCAGUCGGAUGAAGCCGUGGCGGUGCACACGCCUCCGGGUGUGAAAAGGGACGUGAGCACCAACCUGCUCCGGGCAGUAACACCCGACACUUUGUCUGCUCCCGGCACCUCGCACAGCCAUGCCCAGCUCGGCAUCAAUCUGACAGUCAUCAAAACGGAACCCGAGCUCACAGAGUGCUCGGCGCCCCCACUGUUGACCCUCCCGGAGACUUUGGAUUGUGUCAGUUUGAGCGACAGUUCCGCGCGCUACGACCCAACGUCAACUCCGAAUUCUCGCGGGAGCGCUGGACCGUAUAAUGUCUUUGUGCAUGCCGGACACAACAGCGUUGGAAGGAGGUUCGGGAAGAGCAGCAGGGAUGUGAGGAAACACCACAGGCAGCACUUUAGGAGAGACGAGCCCCACGUCUGCUUUGUUUGUGGGAAGACGUUUAGCCGGGUGGGGAACUUGAGAAUCCACCAGCGCUGUCACACGGGCGAGAAGCCCUACUGUUGCAUGCAGUGCGGCAGGUGUUUCAGCCAGGCUGGGGACCUUAAAAAGCACAAGAGGGUCCACACAGGAGAGAAGCCGUAUUAUUGUGGCCAGUGUGGAAAGAGCUUCAGCCGGGGGGAGAACCUCAAGAGACAUCAGAAGAUUCACAUUGGAGAGACCUUACAGCUACAGCAGGUGUGGAGAGAGCAGCAGUCGAACUAGACACAUUUGUUUUGAGCAAAGAUUGUAUGAAUGAACAUGAACAAGAAUGAACAAGGGUAUAUGAACGACAACAUUGUGAAAUGAACAUAUGCCAUGGGCUGUGUUGAAAAUCUAAAUUGAUUAGAUCAUACUCGUCAGUGCAUUGCAGGGAUUUUUUUUUUACAAGGACACAUGCAUCUUCAUGAAGUGUGCGUGCAUGCUUGUGUGUGUGUGUGUGUGUGUGUGUGUGUGUGUGUAUAUACACCCUGAUAAGCCAUAACAUUUUGAACACUGACAGAUUAAGUGAAUAAUACUGAUAAUCUCGUUAUCACGGCACCUGUCAGUGGGUGGGAUAUAUUAGGCAGCAAAUGAACAUU